AUGGCUCACCGCAUCCUUACAACCCUCGUCGUAACCGGCACCCGAGUCUUCGGCCGCGCCUUUGCAGAGGCCUACAAACAAGCCUCCGCCAGCUCCAAAUAUGCCACCGAAAUGAAAAAAGGAAACGUCACUGGCGCCAGCACAUACGCCUCCAACGGUCUCACGCUCGACGAAGCAUGCAAAAUCCUGAACGUGAAGCCUCCCCAAGCCGCGGCUGGUAGAGAGGCACAACUCGAGAGCGUCAUGGAGCGAUUUAAGAAGUUAUUCGAUAUCAAUGAUCCGGAAAAGGGGGGAAGCUUUUAUUUGCAGAGCAAGAUUCUGCGUGCAAGGGAACGCAUUGAGAUGGAGUUGCGCGAGACGGAGCGCAAGGUGGCGAUGGAUAAGGAGUUGAAGGAGGGUUGGAAGCCGAAGGUCUACAAGGACCGAUGA